AUGGCGGCAGUCGGAGCGGCACCACUGCUCUACCAGCAGCAGGCGCAGGCGGCGGGGGACGGCUGCUACUUCUCUUUCAUGUCCGCCUACUUCUCUAACGGGGAAGCCAGCUCGAACGCCUCCAGCCCAGCGUCCAGCUUCUCGGCCGCGCUCGGCGCCACACCGCCCGCUGCACCGGUGAUCGCCGCCGACCCCGCGGCACAGUUCGACAUCUCCGAGUACCUCUUCGACGAGGGCGCGUUCUCUGCAGCGCUCCCGCCCGUCGUCUCCGUGCCGGCCGUUGACGCGGCUGCUGCAAGUUCGGCGACCGCGGUGACUGCGAGGAGCGCCGAGUCGGCGGCGGCGGCGGAGCGCCCGCGGACGGAGCGCAUCGCGUUCCGGACGAGGUCGGAGGUCGAGAUCCUCGACGACGGCUACAAGUGGCGCAAGUACGGCAAGAAGUCCGUCAAGAACAGCCCAAACCCAAGGAACUACUACCGGUGCUCGACGGAAGGGUGCAACGUGAAGAAGCGGGUGGAACGGGACCGGGACGACCCGGCGUACGUGGUGACCACGUACGAGGGCACGCACAGCCAUGUGAGCCCCAGCACCAUCUACUACGCCAGCCAGGACGCCACCUCCGGCCGCUUCUUCAUCGCCGGCACGCACCCGCCGCCAGGCUCACUGUUGUAG